AUGGCGGCCGCCGCCAUGCUCGCUGCCCCAGCGCUCGCCGCUGUCCUGCGCUGGGGCGCAAGCGCGGCCGCGGCCGCUGGGCCGGCUGCGCUGCUGGGCCCCCGCCCUGCGGCAGGCGCCGCACAGGCGCCGGUGCCGGCGCCUCCCGCGCCAGCGGCCCCCCCUGCGGAGGCCGCCGAAGAGCGGGACAACGCCUACGAUGACCUCGAUCAUCUGGCGGCCGCGGGCUGUCUGGGCCUCCUCGGGAGGCCUGCCGAGCUCGACGACGCGGUCGCACUGGUCGGGACACCAGAUGGCCUCGCGGGCCCAUCGGCAGCUGAACUCGUUCGGGGAGUCGACCUGGCGGUAGACAUCAACGAGGACGCGGGGCCAGAGCCUGAGGCCGCGGCCUCGCCACACGAGGAGCCAGGAGCGCCAGAGGCAGCUCAGAGGCACAUUGGGUACUACGAGCACUAUGGGUACUGCUGCGGGGCAGGGUCGGACACGCUGCGCUUCAUCGCGGACAAGCCCGUCCGCCACACCGCGGCAGACAUCACCGUCGAAGACGACGAGGACGAUGGCUACGACGAGGACGCGGAGGACGACGGCUACGAGAUGGGAGAGCCGCCAGCCUCAGGCCCUUCGCCGCCGCCCCCGUCCAAGAUGGAGACCGCCCUCGGCUGGGCCUGCUGCCGCCUGGAGCUGGGGGACGUGGACAACGCGCAGCAGUGA